CUGUGGACAGCGCGGGCGUAAGUCGAGCUGGUCAAAUUUCGACGCAGGGUCACACGGCUGCAAACGACACCAUUUGGACGAAUUUGAGCAGUCGUGCGCCGACGCAGCUUAGAGGGCUCGCCGCUGAAAAACACAAGCGGCUGCAACCACGAUGCAUGCGGUAGCCGUGCGAGCGCUGCGCCACCACUUGAGGCCAGCAGCACGCCACUUCACGCAACCCUGCGCCAACACGAGAGUGAUAGCCGUCGUCGCGCACGUCGACGCUGGCAAGACGACGCUGACCGAAGAGAUGCUCAACAAGGCCGGCGUACUGAGAAAUAGCGGCCGCGUCGACGCCGGCAGCGCGACGACGGACUUCCUUGAGCAGGAGCGCGAGCGCGGCAUCACGAUCCAGUCGGCCGCGGCGCACUUCGACUGGAACAACACAAACAUCGUGCUGGUGGACACGCCGGGCCACGUCGACUUUGGCUUCGAGGUGGACCGGACGUUAAGAGCUGUCGACGGCGUCGUGCUGGUCGUGGACGCCGUCGCGGGUGCGCAGGCGCGGACCGAGGCCGUGGCGCGCGCGGCGCGCGAGACCUUUGAUCUGCCUAUGAUUGCCGUCGUCAACAAGAUGGACCGCAUGGGCGCGGACUUCGAGGCGGCGACGAAGUCGCUUUCCGUAAGGUGCGACCUGACCCCCAUCAAAGUCCAGGCCCCUUUAGUGGAGAAGGAUGUGUUUGAGGGGCCGCGCGAUUUGAUAGAGGAGUCUGACAAAGUGUUGGCGGAGGCCGUGGCCGAUGUAGACGACGCCUUCGCGGAGUUGUAUAUCGAGGACGCCUUUACCUCCGAGGAUUUGACAGAUGCCGUCGCGCGCCUCACGAAAUCCAGGGACAUCACACCCGUGCUCUGCGCCGCGGCCCUCAAGGGCCUUGGGGUCGAAAAGGUCCUGGACGCGGUCGCGGCGUUCCUCCCGUCGCCGCGCGAUAUAUUAAAAGAGGAGGCCGACUUCGCGGCGCUGAUCUUCAAGGUGUCGCACGAUGCGAGAAGAGGUCCUUUAUGCUUCGCGCGCUGCUACGGCGGCGCUCUAUCACCGAAGACAAUGGUGAAUGUGGCGUCACCAUCAUCACCGCUCGGGGGCCGCCUCGCCGUUGAGCGGCCCCAGCAGUUCCUGACGCCCUUCGCCGACGACUUUGAACUAUCCGAGGCCUUUGAAGCCGGCGAGGUGCGCGUCGUGACGGGCCUCAAGGACGCGCGGACGGGCGAUACGUUGGUGACGAAGGACGGCGCGCGCGCGAAGCGCCAUACUAAAGGUGAGGCGCACGCCGCAUUACCAGGAACGACGGCGCCGCCGCCGCCGGUCUUCGCCGCGGCCGUCGAGCCCGUCGCGACGGCGGACCUCGCGGCCCUCGAGGAGGCGUUGGCGCUGAUGUGCCGCGACGACCCCUCGCUCACAGUCACGGACGAGGACGGCGGGUUAGUGUUGAGGGGCGCCGGCGAAUUACAUUUAGAGGUGGCCUGCGACCGCCUGCGGAGCGACUUUGGGGUCAAAGCCUCGCUGUCGCGGCCGCGCGUCGCGCUGCGCGAGAGCGUCGAAAUGGCUUUCGAGCAAUCAACGGAUGUGAUCUACGACGCAACGCUCGGCGGCCAACGCCUCUUCUGCGGCCUGCGUCUUAGAGUAACGCCGCUGGCCGACGAGGAGGCCUACGAAGCGGCCGUGCCGAUCACGACCACCAAUGUCGACGCCACGCCGCUCCUGCGCGAGGCUUUGGAGGAGGGCCUCGCGGCGGCGGCGACGCGCGGCGUCCUGCGGGGGCAAGCCCUCGCCGGCGUCGCGGUCGAAGCGCUUUCCCUGCAAAGUGACGGGCCCGCGACGACGCCGGGCGCCGUCCGCGCGUGCGCGGCGCUCGCGCUCGCCGACGCGCUGAAGCGGGCGCAGCCGGUCUUGCUCGAGCCGAUCGUGAGGCUGGAGAUCGAGGCGCCGGACCGCUCCGUCGGCGACGUGCUGUCGGACCUGGCGACCGCGCGGCGCGCCAAGGUCCUCGACGUGACCUCACGCGCGACCCGCUCCGUCAUCAUCGCAAACGCGCCGCUAGAGACGCUCCUCGGCUACUCGACGGCGCUGCGGUCGCUGACCCAGGGCGAGGCGACCUUCGCCCAGGCGUUCGCGCAUUUGGCGCCGCGGAUUGGUUAG